CAACCGGAAGUUACGUCUUCGGAAGGCGGAAGUAGCGUCGGGAGGGAGGCCGAAGCUUCUCGGCGGCGGCUGUGGCGGAGGCCUAAGCGGCUUGGAGAGAGCCAUGUCAGCGGGCGGCGGCGCCGGGCAGCGCGAACCGGGAGCUUCGGGAGGGCGUCGCAGCAAGUGGGAUCAGCCUGGGCCAUCUCCAGCUCUCUUCCUUCUUCCUGCUACCACCCCUGUAGCUGGCCGCCACGUUCAGGGCAAUGGAGACGGCGUAUCCGGGAUAUCGGGAUCUGAGGGUUCGGCAGCCCCUCUGGGUGCUCUAGAUGCAGCAGCUGCUGUGGCAGCCAAAAUAAAUGCCAUGUUAAUGGCCAAAGGGAAGCUGAAACCAACAACAAAUUCAACCGACAAGCUUCAGGCUUCCGGUAAAAGUCCAGCAGCCAGCAAAAGCAAAGAUGACCUUGUCGUAGCAGAAGUGGAAAUCAAUGAUGUGCCCCUAACAUGUAGAAACCUGUUGACCAGAGGACAAACACAGGAUGAGAUAAGUAAGCUGAGUGGUGCAGCAGUCUCAACUCGAGGGAGGUACAUGACUGCAGAGGAAAAAGCAAAAGUUGGACCGGGAGAUCGUCCAUUGUACUUGCAUGUUCAGGGGCAGACACGAGAACUGGUUGAUAGAGCUGUAAACCGAAUCAAAGAAAUAAUUACUAAUGGUGUUGUAAAAGCUGCUACUGGGUCCAGUCCAACAUUUAAUGGAGCCACAGUUACUGUUUACCACCAACCUGCUCCCAUCGCUCAGCUGCCUCCAGCUGUUGGCCAGAAGCCCCCGUUCCAGUCAGGAGGAAUGCACUACGUCCAAGACAAGUUGUUUGUUGGCUUGGAACAUGCUGUACCUACCUUCAAUGUAAAGGAGAAAGUGGAAGGCCCAGGCUGCUCUUACCUGCAGCAUAUCCAGAUUGAGACCGGUGCCAAGGUGUUCCUCCGAGGGAAGGGCUCUGGCUGUAUCGAACCUGCCUCUGGUCGAGAAGCUUUUGAGCCUAUGUACAUUUAUAUCAGCCAUCCCAAACCAGAAGGCCUUGCAGCUGCCAAAAAACUCUGUGAAAACUUAUUACAAACUGUUCAUGCUGAAUACUCGCGGUUCGUGAACCAAAUAACCACGGCAGUGCCCUUAACAGGAUUUGCACAGCCUGCAACUGUGACGACGGUUCCCCCUCAACCUCCAUAUUAUCCACCCAGUGGCUUCCAGGCAGGCUAUCCUGUGGUUCCACCGCCUCAGCAACCGGUACAGCCUCCUUAUGGUGUGCCAGGUAUUGUGCCUCCUGCUGUACCAUUGGCGCCAGGAGUGCUGGCUCUCCCAACUGGCGUCCCACCCGUACCCACCCAGUACCCAAUUACACAAGUGCAACCACCGGCUAGUACUGGCCAGGCACCGCUCAGCACCCCUCUUCUUCCAGCUGCCCCUGUAAAGACAACCUUGCCAGCCAAUACACAGUUGCCAAUCCAGCCCCAGCCUGGCCAGAAGAGGCGCUUCACAGAAGAGCUGCCAGAUGAGCAUGAAUCUGGGCUGCUAGGAUACCAGCAUGGACCCAUUCAUAUGACUAAUUUAGGUACAGGCUUCUCCAAUCAGACCGAGAUGGAAGGAGCAGGUUCGAAACCAGCAGGUUCCUCAGGAAAGGAGAGAGAGAGGGACAGGCAGCUGAUGCCUCCGCCGGCUUUACCAGUAACCGGAAUGAAAACUGAACCUGAAGACAGAAAUGGGUCCUUAGGUGGCAACGGUGAGCGUGUACAGAUGGGAGAUGUGGUUUGUGCUUGCACUGUACCAGCGCUGACCCUGCAAAGUUAUGACAUGAGCAGCCUUCCCCCCCCCCCCCCCCCCCCGUUCUUCCCAAUGUUGUCUUCUGGUGCUAAGUCAAAAGAUGCCCCCAGUUCUCUUUCAGUUCUCAUGUGCAGUUUCAGUUCCUGUCCUCUUGUGAUCCCAGGUUACAGUAGUGAAUAGGAAGAACACACACACAGCACUAAAGUGAAGGUACAGUUUGUCUCCUGACAUUUGCCUUUUGGGAAACAAAAUCUGAGCUGCUGGAUAAACAGCCAGAUCUCUGAACAGGAGUUCCAAGAUGCUCUGUAUAUUUACUUCUCGUUCCCAUUAUUCACAGUUCUGCAGAGAGAAGCCCUUUUUCUUAAGAGACCAAAUACUGCCUUCUGGCUUGUAUGUUCUUUCCAUGAUGACUAGGUUUUUCAUUACUGCCUGUCUCUUCCAUGGGUUCCUGCCUGAAGACCUUUGUUUUUUUAAGGCCAUUUAGGAACAAUUAACUUUUAAAACAUGGCAACUGGUCAUGUGCAAUGGCAAGGCUGCUUGAUCGAGCAGAAAAAUAGAAGGUACAGGUACAGUCAAAGGGGGUGAGAUUUUAAAAUCAAGGAGAAUCUCACAUUAAGGCUGAGAGAGUGGGGAGGACAACAGUGACAGAACCCCAUUUCCUUUUAACUAGGUGAGAGUGAUCCAAAAGAACAGUGACUCCUGUGUAAAACUGAACUAGGUAGUAUUCAGGUUUUAAUUCAGUUGUAUGUGGCCCUGGCCUUCCAAGCCUUUCCCUUUUAUCAAGUCCCUCUUUCUUCCUUCUCCCUGGCACUGUGUCAUACUGUUUCCUCCAUUAUGUGUCCCAGAAGUACAGGUAUUUUUUUUAAUUCAUUUUAUUGCAUUUUUGGCAGGAGGUGUAGUUUAUGCAAGCUGGACAAUAUGUAUGCUUACUUGAAUUCCCCUCCCUACUUAGCUGCGAAGCUUGCCUGUACUUUUGUCAGAAUUAAGCCUGCAUUUUGGUGCUUCUCAGACUUCUGAAGAAACCUGUACUUUUAGUUAAGAUUUCUUUUAAAAAACCAGACAACGAAAACCUUAAAACCCAUUACCUGUAGUUGGAUUUCCCCCCCCCCCCCUUUUUUCAUGCAUUCUUUAACGGAGAACUUCUUGUAGUCUCUUUUUGCUAACUUUACUUUUUUUUUCUUUUUUGUGUCUUUCUUUUUUUCUCUCUUCUCUGUUCUCUUACAUGGUUCUGAUGGAUCACACUUGUGCCGUUGCUGAUGCCGUGUGGCGUGACCUCCUACCUGGGGUGACUGUUGGCUCUGACCUCGAAAUGGUGUCCAACUAACAAUAUUUUUAUAAUGUUGAAUUAACAUAUUUGAGGGAUUUUUAUUUUUUUAUCUUUCUCUUCUGGGGUGGGAUGUUUUUUUUUCUCUCUCUUUCUCUUUUUCCUCUUUAGAUCACCCAGCUAAGAAGAUGAAAACCAGUGAAAAAGGGUUUGGCCUGGUGGCUUAUACUGGUGACUCCUCGGAUGAAGAGGAAGACCAUGGUGGUCAUAAAAACGCAGGUAGCUACUCACAGACAUGGAGUUUAGGAUACCAGU